AUGUCUAAACGUUAUAAACGAGAUAAAACUCCAGACAGUGUCAAUCAUCAAAGCAGUUCAUGUACAACAUACAACUAUAGAAAUUAUCAUUUACAACCUGAUUGGAGUCAAGGCUGUCAACAUUGUGAUGAAAAUAUUAACGUCAUCAGGAGAAUACAUUCUCCUGAUCAUCAGGCACCACCAACUGUACCAUUACCUCCUCCUCCUCCGCCGACCUGCUUACAUUUACCUCCAUCAUAUAUAUCAUCUCAUGUGAAAUGUCAUUCUCAUAAUAAUGAUACUAAUACUACUAAUAACAACAAUAAUAAUAGUAGUAGUAUUGGUAGUACAACUAAACACGGAUCACAAAGUCUAGUAGAAAAGGCAGUUUUUCGUAUGAUUAAAUAUUUCGAUCAUAAAUCAGGACAUAAAAUUCAUGAGUCGACAAUUAUUGCUACAAGUGAAGAUUGUUUACAAAGUGAUUCUUCAUGUGAAGAACGACCGCUUAUCUCUAAUCAUCAAUAUAACAAUAAUAAUGAUAAUAAUAGUAAUAAUAAUAAUAAUGUUUAUCCUACUGGCGCUUCAGUAGGCGGCGAAAGUAGUACAACUUCAACGGCAUCUACAUGUAUCAAUCCAACUGAAGUGGAGAACUGGAUGCGUCGACGACUUUACUAUCAUUUUAUGACACCGAUUGGUAAAUUUCAGGCAAAACGACGUAUUCCGUUUAAAUUAUUUAUCCAGAUACUUAAGGUGCUGUUGGUAACGAUUCAGUUAAUUCAAUUUGGAUUUAAUCGUGCCGCGCAUGUAUCAUUUGGUGAAUUAUCGCAUAAAGCUUUCUGUCAUCUGUAUUUACAUCAAUGGGAUCCCCAGUAUGAGACAUUAGAUUAUCCUCCAGCAACUGGUGUUUACGCUGUAUAUACAAUUGAUGCAUUUUAUGAGCACGUUGGUUAUGCAAUCACUCAGUUUAAUAAAACAAAAGAAUUAGCUCUCGGUGGGUAUUUAUUUGAUUCAACAAAUCCAACAAUGAAAUUAUGCAUGAAAUACGUAUCCCCUCCAAUGGAAAAUAAAAGCACCAUAUUUAGAGUAGCAUUACAAGAAGUGGAAAAAUGUGUAUCCAUUGAACCACAGAAGAUUGAUGCUAAACAAUUACAAGAUGUCGAAUCAAUAAAGACUUUUCUUCAAAUCCAUGAAUUGAUUAUUGAUUUUGACCAUCUACUGGGAUUCAGUAUACACUUCAAUCUUUUAUCUCCACCAAUUUAUCAUCUCGACUGGACGCAAACAAUUGAAUGCUAUCGAUUUAUGAUCAAGAUAUCUUUAGAAAAUCCUUCACAAUCGGGUCAAAUCAAAAUUCUACUACACGCACCGUAUGCAUCUACACCGUGUCUUGAUUUACCAUUAACGGAGAUAAAUGAUGCUUCAUCUUCAACACCACAACAAUCGUUAACGACGUCUACUACUACAACUACCGUCCGGUUGACAACUGCAUCUUCGACAUCACCAUCGACAUCAUCAUUGAAUCUGGCGGAGAAGAAUAAAAAGCAGGAUAUACUUGUUAAAUUUUGGAAUCAAUUCAAUAUUACAUCAUCAAAAGUGUCGAAUGAAACCAAUUAUAUGAUACCACGUGGUGGAUUAGUUAUCCUAAUUGAUUGUUGUACACUUGUGUUAGGUCUUAUCUCUUGUAUUCUAUGCAUACGAUCAGUUAUACAAGGAUUUCGUAUGUGGCUGGAGACAGUUAGAUUUUUCAAACAUUGGUUUGGUAUACAAUUGAAUGGUGUAUUCUGGGAAUUUGUACGACCAUGGAUUCUAUUCAUCAUUGUCAAUGAUCUCAUUAUCAUUAUAACAUCAUUAUAUGCUUUGAGUACACUACAUCGUAUUCAAAUGAAAUACGAACCACUCACGUAUUCAAUGGGAAUUGGCGCCCUAUUAGUAUGGAUUGGCAUACUCUACUAUGUGGGAUUUUCGUACGACAAUAGUCUGUUAAUACGGACUAUUUCACGAUCAAUACCUGGUCUUCUAUGCGGUUGGGUUGUACUUGGACCGUAUAACUUGAAAUUUCGUACAUUUAUGUCAACUGUUGAAUGCUUGUAUAGUUUAAUCAAUGGAGAUGAUAUGUUUGUUACAUUUACAAUCAUUAAUGAAAAUGAUCCAAUUGGGAUUUAUCUAUUCAGUCGAUUAUUUCUUUAUCUUUUUAUAACACUGUUUAUUUAUGUUGUCUUGAAUUUAUUUGUAACAAUUAUAUUUGAAGCAUAUGAAGAAGUAAAGGAUAUGCAAAACUCUCGUGGACGUCCAAAUGAUUCACCCUUAUGGCAUUUUGUAUGUCAGCAUAAUUAUGAUCCAAAAUCGUCAAUAUUUAAAGAAGAUGAAUCACGACCAGAUCGGCAUAUAUUACAAGAACAAGCACAAGGUAUUUUUGGUGCUGGUGCUGUUGGCGGUGCUGGUACUGGUUCUGAUGGAGGUGGCAACAGUGGUAUUUCAGGAACAAGACAUUCAUCAACAGAUCGUUUAGAUACUGGUAGUAUAAUAAGCACAUCUGUGAAGUUUAAAUCAUUUCUUAAAUGUCAACAAAGACAACGAGAACAACACCAACAGAAACAAUCACAAAAUUAUCAACGUCAACAAAAAAGGCGACAACAAAUCGAUGAAUAUAAGCAGGAACAACCACGACAACAACAACAAAACUGUCGUUAUCAUCAUUUACAUCCAAUGGGAAAUGAAGAGAUUGAAAAUUCAAUGAAUCAUAGGACAUUUAAUGUUCAACAGCAGGAUAAAGCAGAUGGUACCAGUAGUAUUAGUAGUACAAUUGAUGAAAAUGACGCCGAUUGUCGAAAAAUCAUCAUUGGUCAUGAUGCAGCUGAUGAUGGUGAUGAUGACGGUGAUCAUGACCACCAUGGUGAUGAAAAUGAAGACAAUUAUGUAUGCAAUCGCUUUUCAGAAUCACUAAACAAUACUACAACUCCGACCAUUAUACCUGAAGAGUCAAUAACUACAUCCCAACAGAAUAGUGAUUCCCUUUCUGCACUGAAGGAGUCUUCACUAAAUGUAUGA